AUGCAAGCCGAUCAAACGGUUUUGUGUACGUUGCUUGCCGUCGACCUCAACGAUUAUUGCUACAGAGUAUGUUCUCGCUGCGAGAGAGUAAUUCCCUCAGAUAACAAUGGUGUCACAUCAUCGUCGGUUUGCAAAUUCUGCAAAUCUAAAGUACCCAAAUUGCUCUAUCGAAUCCUUAUGUCUAUAGCAACGGACACAUCAGUUAAAACUGUCAUCUGUUUCGACAGAGCUGCGACUGUUCUCUUUGGUUGCUCAGCAGAUGAGUUCUUCCACUUCACCAAGCUCAAUCCUUCAACCGCAUCUAUGGUUAAUCAGGUCUUGGAUGGGGAAGUGUUUAGGAUGACAUUAACUCGACCUCAUAACCGAAACGCGCAACACAUGAGAGUUGCUUCAGUUGUUCCUCUACGAUCAGGAUUUCAACCAGCAAUUGUAACACUCACACAGCUUUGUUCCACAACGAGUCACUAA